ACUGAGGUACCCCGGGGCAGGCCGGCCUCUCUGACCGAGUGUCUUUGUACCUCCUCUCUCUCCAGGGCCUUCUUCUGUUUGAGGUGAGGAAGAGGAGGAGCGGGAGGAGGAGGAGGAGGUGUGCUAAGGUGUGAGUGAAUGCAGCCAUGGCCGUGGCACCCCGUCCAUAGAGGAGCUGCAGAGUGGAAGAAGAUCACAGAAGACAGAGACGACCAACAGGAUGAAACUGUGGGGGAGGUCAGCUUGGCCUGUGCAGGUGGCCUUCCUCGUUGCCUUGGUGAUGCUCUGCGUCGACCCCGUGUCCGCCGGCAGCCGUAACCAUCGGGGACCGACAGUCUCAUACCAGGUGAAGCAGGGGACAUGUGAGGUGGUGGCCAUCCAUCGCUGCUGUAAUAAGAAUAAGAUUGAGGAGCACUCUCAAACCGUCAAGUGUUCCUGUUUCCCUGGGCAGGUCGCUGGCACCACCAACACCAGACCCUCCUGUGUGGAAGCCUCCAUCGUAGCCCAGAAGUGGUGGUGCCAGAUGCAUCCGUGUAUGGACGGAGAGGAAUGCAAGGUUCUGCCCGACCUGACCGGCUGGUCCUGCAGCACCGGCAACAAAGUCAAAACCACCAAGGUCACACGAUAGCGAGAGAGCCGACUUGAGCCCUGCGAGGAAACCCGAA